GGUGGAUCCCACAUCCCUGGUGCCCACAAUCUCAAAAUUGCUGAACAAAAAUCGUGAACCGCCUACGCAAAUCUCCCGAGCAUCGCGACGGUCAAGUUUCCUUUACGGCGGAUUUCGACACAACACCGGCACCAUGUCUACCGAACAGAAGGCCCAGAACCCCAUGCGGGAGCUCCGCAUCCAGAAGCUCGUCCUCAACAUCUGUGUUGGCGAGUCUGGUGACAGACUUACUCGUGCCGCCAAGGUGCUUGAGCAGCUGUCCGGUCAAACCCCCGUCUACAGCAAGGCCCGUUACACCGUCCGUACCUUCGGUAUCCGUCGUAACGAAAAGAUCUCCGUCCACGUCACCGUCCGUGGCCCCAAGGCCGAGGAGAUUCUCGAGCGUGGCCUCAAGGUCAAGGAGUACGAGCUCCGCAAGCGCAACUUCUCCGAGACCGGCAACUUCGGCUUCGGUAUCUCCGAGCACAUCGAUCUCGGCAUCAAGUACGACCCCGGUAUCGGUAUCUACGGCAUGGACUUCUACUGCUGCAUGACCCGCCCCGGUGAGCGCGUCUCCCGCCGCCGCCGCGCCAAGAGCAGAGUCGGUGCCACCCACCGCAUCGGCCGCGACGACACCGUCAAGUGGUUCAAGUCUCGCUUCGAUGCCAUCGUCCGCUAAAUUGCCCCUGUAUCCUGAAAAGGAUGGGCGUUUUGGUUUGACGACAUGGUGAAGGAUCUGAGGUUACCGCUUCUCGAGGACUAGAGGGAGUUUUGGGCUCGGCGGCAACUACUGGGCUUUCUGUGUGUGGGCGUUGCUUUUGGAACUGGUUUCGGAAAAAAAACACCAAACCCAGAGUUUGUAGAUGCAACCAUGAUACCUCUCAUUGGCGAUUUCGUCAAUCUAGCUUGAUCUGAAUCUACAGUCGAGCUGCGGCCUCAGAG